AUGUCAACAACGAUAUCUGGUUACUGUGCUCGCAAUACUAAAGCGGCUACUGUAGCCUUCGAAUCAGACAACUCAUCCAUCGUCAUGAGCGCACCGCUGCCACAGAAGUUUGUGUGCAGGGAUCGUCUGAAUAUCACACUUCAUAAACCUGGGUUCAAAGAUGUCGUAGCCGAAUUUACACCGGAAAUCGAUAUUCAGCCAUUCGGACCUAAAAGUAACUUCUAUCUCUGCGAACGUACACGAAAGCGAACACUUACCGAAUCGUUUGAGAACAAAGCAACGAUAUUCUCAGGAGUUAUCCUAGGAGUAGCGUCAGUGUCCGCUAUGAUAGGAAAUGCAGUUCGACGUCACUUUAUUCCAGAAAGAAGACGAAUGUAUGAAAAUCUUGGAGUGAAAUAA